CCUCCUAUCAAAUUCCUUUCUAUCGCAGCCCAUUGCGCAAGGGACGGCGUUUGGCAGUAUAUACAUCUUACUUGCGGCAACGGCAGCGGGCCGGCUUGCUGCUGCCUGUCGGAAUCCUUUUGGGUGUCAACUUGGCUUCUUUCUUGGGAGAAAGAGAUUUUUAUAAUGAGACUCUGCAGGUUUUCUGGUGUUUCUGGGAGUCGACCUAAUACGUCUGAUUCUUUUUCCUUUUCUUUUUUUUUUGUGCUCUACCUCAAGCGCACAAUUGCAAUAACAUCAAAGCCGGGUUUCAAAGGGAGGACGGGCGGGACGACUUGAUACUUAUACUAUGAUUCUUGGGGCACUUGUCCGUGUUCCCUUGACCAGGGGAACGAACUGCCUCUUUUUUUUUUUUUACGAACCUCUACGGACUCGGAUCGAUGGAUGAUGGACGGAUGGAUGCGCAAACUUGAUUCAUUUUAGACCUUUUUCCAAAUGUACCCUGGUGGUGGUGGCGACGAUGGCGGCCCAACUGGCAUAGAAAGCGUGCUUGAUUAUUCUGGGUUUGAACUUGGUACAGAUCCUCGCGUAUGGAUUGGAAUGGCCGUAUUUCAUAAUGGUGCAGGGCUGGCUGUUGUGCGAGGGGACUAAUUCGGGUCUGGCAGCCUCCCAGGUCUGGACUGAGGAAAUAGAGCAGCUUUUCUUUUUCUUUUCUGUGGCACGCGACACGUUCUGGAUGCAUUCUAAUGAAAUUCGGAAGAGUGAGAGGGAGUACCUAUGAUUACAGGAGCAUUUUCAUGUCUUAGGUGUACAUAAGGUGCGCCUGGACCACGCACUUUUAUUCUGAGGCUCAUAUACAAGUUCAUAUCUAC